CGCCCUUGCCCCUGCUACAAUUCGGCCGGCUGUCCCGUUAUUCCAAAACGUCUUUAUCCCUUUCGUUCCGUUCAAAAUGGCUCCAAAGCGUCGCCUUCAAGACUCGCCUCCUGCUGCUGCUGCUGCUUCUUCUGCAGAAGAUGAAGUGGAAGAAUCAGAGAGCGAUGCUGUUGAAGAGGAAGCCAACGGUGUUUCUGACGACAUAGAGCGCGAAGAUGGAAAGUCUGAGGGCGAUGCUGAGGAUGAAUCGGCUGAGGAAUCCGAAACCGAGUCCGACAACACUCAGCCCUCGCCGUCCGUGUCGGACUUCACUAUCAAGCCCAUUGUUAGCAAGCCAAUCAAUGACUCCACGAAAUCUAUGAAGCAUGCUACCAACAACAAUUCGGCUCCUGUGCCAGCGACGAUCGUCGCUGCCGGAGGCUCAAAGCGCUCUAAUGAGAGCAACGCGGAGAAGAAAGAGUCCAAGAAGAAGAAGGUAUCGGAAAGUCAAGAUGACGAUGUAAAAAAGGAAUCUGGUGUCCAACGUAUUUGGAAUGAGGAUGAUGAGAUCGCGAUCUUAAAGGGCAUGAUCGAUUACCAUUCAAAGAGAGGUGUUGACCCAUGCUCUGAGAUGUCGUUGUUUCAUGAAUACAUGAAGAAUAAGAUCCAUGCUGAUGUAUCCAAGAUACAAUUAGUGAACAAAAUCAGGAGUCUGAAGAGGAAAUUCCAAACGAAUGCAAGAAAGGGUGAAAAUGGUGAGGACCCUGUUUUCUCUAAGCCGCGUGAUCGCGAAAUUUUUGAGCUUUCCAAAAAAGUUUGGGAAUCUGCAGCUGCUAAUGGAGUGGAUCAGAGAAAGCCAACCCAGAGCAAAGGCAAGAAUUCUUCUACUGUAGUAUCGCCAAAGCGGGAAAUAGCUGAGAAUAAAGAUGAGCCACAUGGUGACGUGAAUGCUAUACCAGCAAAAUCAUGCUCUAAAUCGUCCGUCUUGGAUGGGUUUCUGGUCUCCGGGAAGCUUUCGUUACCUGAAUCUGCCAUGGACAUUGUGAAGGAAGCAAUACCUUUGAUCGGGAGUUCGAAGGCCAAGGAGUUGGAACGAAGAGGGAAGGAAUUGCAGAAGGAUGAAUUUCUGUUGUACUUAAAGAGGGUGGAAUUGAUUCAUGAUAGCGCAAAACUAGCACUGGCUGUAAUAAAAUCAUCGAUGUAGUAACUACCCUGGCCACGAGGAGAUAAAUACUUUGUUGGAAUUUUCAUGGCAGACAUAGUUUUUCGAGUUACUAAUGGAUCAACACCUUUUGCUUGCUUUAUAUUUGUAUGUACUGAUUCUGGUUUGAUUUUUGAAAGCUAUGUUACUAAGAAAUGAAUAUUCCCCCUUUUGGUGUCAGACAAAUGCCUUUGCAUUGUGGUUGUAUUCGACAGGUUUAUUUAACCCAUUCGUCUUAACAUAUGAAUAAUGUGAUGACUUGAAUGAGUAUUUUCUUAGUUUA